GGUGGCUGGGCUUAUUUAACUCCAGAGGCCCAUUGAGCAUAACAUAGAGUUUCUCUUUGAAGAACAAGGGCCUAAUGUGACGGAGCUAUUAAACCACCAAAACCCUAAAAUCGAGUCCGUUGGCUUCGCCUGGGACGAAGAAGAAAAUGGAGGAAACUCAAACGGAAGAGGCAACAAACAGCAACGACGUUGAGGUAGCUCCCGCCCUCAUUUCUGUUCACCCCAAUCAGAAUUCUAUUGCCGUUGCUGUCGGGUCGGACCUACGCGUCUACAAUCUCCUUGGGGAUUGUGCAGUUUCUUUGCUGGAUGAUUCUAGUGGACCUUCUCAUAAGGAAUCUAUCAGAGCUAUUCGAUAUGGAGCUGAUGGGAAGCUCUUUGUGUCUGCCGGUGAUGACAAAAUUGUCAAGAUAUGGUCGGCUGAGUCUUGGAAAUGUAUUAGUUCUGUGUGCUCUGAGAAGAGAGUGACUGCAGUUGCCGUUAGCAAAGAUGGUCAGUAUGUUUGUUUUGCUGACAAAUUUGGAGUGGUUUGGGUUGUGGAUCUGCAUGGGCAUGAUGACAUUCAAGCAUUAGUCAAUAAGAAGGCAACGCCAUUGCUUGCUCACUAUUGUAGUAUAAUUACUAGUCUGGAAUUUUCUCCAGAUGGACGGUUUGUUGUUAGUGCUGAUAGAGAUUUCAAGAUUCGUGUUACUUUGUUCCCCAAAAAGCCUUUAGAUGGAGCCCAUGACAUACAGAGCUUUUGCCUUGGCCAUACAGAGUUUGUGUCAUGUCUUGCCUUUAUUUGCACUGUGGACUACCCACAAUGGUUUCUUGUUUCUGGAAGUGGUGAUUCAACUGUUCGUUUGUGGGAUAUUACAUCAGGAUCUCUCCUUGAUACUUGUGAAGUUGGAAUUAAGGCAGGACAUUUAGAGUCUGAUGGAAAUGAUGAGGGUCGUUCUACUGUAACUGGUCUAUGCACAAUCCAGGAUAGUCUGCUUGUUGCUGUGGCUAUUCAGAGCUUGCCAGGAAUAAUGUUAUUGAGCUGCAACGUUUCUGCUCGAACACUUUCUAUUGCCAAGAUAGUUUCCAUCAAGGGAGAGAACGUCAUUCCUACAAGCUUGGGGAGUAGUUCAUCUGCAGGAUUAUUGUGGAUGGUGACUGGCGUCUCAAACUUACCUGGUUUUGAUUGUUCUUCUCUGUCCCGAGUGAAGGUCAUUGCAGGUUUGAACAAGAAAUCUCCUGAUUCUGUUGAGGAUGAGCCUACUGUUUUAGAAGAUAAUGACAUACCUGGAGGAAUGGAACUGCUGAAGAAGUUACAAGGAAGUGUUUCUGUGGAAGAGAAGGUCUUUCUGGCAGCUGCUGAAGCUUUAAAAACAGCAAUGUGUAAUUUGUUGAUCAAAAAGCAGUAUUCUUCAGAGAAACGCGAAUUCAGAAAGAGAACACGAAAUGAUAGAAAAAUCAAACAAUAAUUUUGUAGGGAUCCGAUAUCUGAAGCUCAAGCUAUUGCUCGGAUAAAGUUUUGUAAUGUUAGUUGUGGCCUUUAGUAAGAAAAUGAGUAUUGUGACAUCUUAUAAUACUGGCGGCAAGGUUUGACGCUUGGUAUUUGAUGAAUCAGAAUCACCACAACCAUUUCAGAUUUUUA